GCUCACAGAGCGACAACACUUGUGGAAGAUCACAGCUCCAACUUUGCUGCAGGAUUAAUAUUCUUACAUGAACACGUUCAGGGGAGGAACACGGCUCACAGAGGAGGUAGAUCACGUCAAGAGCUGCAUGGGGGAAUAACAUCAUCACAUCUGCAGAGCCUGUGCAGGAUGCCAGAUCCUGCCGAGCGCGGUGCGGCGGCGCCCCCUGCUGUGUGAGCGAGAGACGGCGCCAUGGGCAACCUGCUGGAGGAGGGCAUGAACGUGGUCAUCGUCAGCCACUACAACCACUCGGGCAAGUGGGAGCGUCGUGGUGGUGGCGGCGGCGGCGGCUGCAAGACGGCGGUGCUGCUCCUCAUCUGCGUGCUCAUCGUGCUGGAGAACGUGACGGUGCUGCUAGCGCUGUGGCGCAACAAGCGCUUCCACAGCCGCAUGUACUUCCUCAUCGGCAACCUGGCGCUGUCCGACCUGCUGGCCGGCGUGGCGUACGUGGUCAACAUCUUCACGUCGGGGAGGAACACCUUCUUCCUGACGCCGGCGCAGUGGCUGGUGCGGGAGGGCAGCAUGUUCGUGGCGCUCAACGCCUCCACCUUCAGCCUGCUGGCCAUCGGCAUCGAGAGGCACAUGACCAUGGUGCGGCUGCGCCCGUGCGAGACGGCGAGCCGGGGGAGGCUCCUGGGCCUGCUGGCGGCGUGCUGGUUGGUCUCGGUGCUCCUGGGCGCCCUGCCCAGCCUGGGGUGGAACUGCUUGGAGCGCCUGGGCUCCUGCUCCACGGUGCUGCCGCUCUACGCCAAGAGCUACGUGGCCUUCUGCAUCAGCGUCUUCAGCGCCCUGCUGGUCGCCAUCGUUAUCCUCUACAUCAGGAUCUACCGCCUGGUCACCUCCAGCGGACGCCGGGUCAGCAGCCGACCCUCCGAGUGCUCCCUGGCUCUGCUGAGGACCGUGGUGAUCGUCCUGGGCGUCUUCCUGGCGUGCUGGGCGCCGCUCUUCCUCCUGCUGCUGCUGGACGUGGGCUGCAGCCCCGCCAGGUGCCCCGUCCUCUACCAGGUGGACUGGUUCAUCGCCCUGGCGGUGCUCAAUUCCGCCCUCAACCCUCUCAUCUACACGCUCUCCAGCCGGGAGAUGAGGGCCGCCUUUUUCCGCCUGCUGUGCUGCUGUCAGGGCGGCAUGGAGCCCACGGGGACACCGGCGGCGGGCCACCCACACCUGGGCGCCGCCAUGCCCACCGCCGAGAACAGCAAGAGCAGCAUGGCGGGAGGCGGCCCCGGGGCGCCGGAUAGAGGGAAGGUACCCAUGCCGAUUAACGCUGACAUAAAACAUGGAAAUCCUUCCGCCACCGCCUUGCCACACCCUUCUGGACCAGCUGACCUGCUGUCGGCGGUCCUGGGGAAGGCGGGGGCGUUCGGCAAGUUCUGACGAAACCUGAUCGGCACGGCAGGACGAGGCGGCCACGGGGCGCCCGAUAGAGGGAAAGUUCCCAUGCCGAUCAACGCCGAGAUAAAACAUAGAGAUCUUCCCACUUCGCCACACCCUUCUGGACCGGCGGUCCCGGUGAAGGCCGGGGUCGCUCGGCAAGUUCUGACAGAACUCAAGCGGCACGGCAGGAGGAGUCGGCCACGGGGCGCCGGAUAGAGGGAAAGUUCCCAUGCCGAUCAACUCCGAGAUAAAACACGGAGAUCUUCCCGCAUUGCCGCAACCUUCUGGACCGGCUGACCUGUUGUCGGCGGUCUGGGUGAAGGCGGGGGCGCUCGGCAAGUUCUGACAGAACUCAAGCGGCACGGCAGGAGGAGGCGGCAACAGGGUGCCUAAUUGAGGGAAGGUACCCAUACCGAUAAGCACAGAGAUAAAACAUAAGAGAUCUUCCCACUUUGCCACACCCUUCUGGACCAGCGGUCCCGGUGAAGGCCGGGGGCGCUCGCUUCACCGGGGGCGCUCGGCAAGUUCUGACGGAACCCGAUCGGCACGGCAGGAGGAGGCGGCAAAAAGAGGGAACGCUGACAUAAAAGACGGAGAUCUUACCACUUUGCUGCACCCUUCUGGACCGCCGGUCCCGGUGAAGGCCAGGUGGCGCUCGGCAAGUUCUGACGGAACCUGAUCGGCAGGGCUGGAAGUACAACCAGAGCAAUCGAGUCCUUGUCAAAGAGAACUAAAAUAAGUUGAACUUUGAACCUAGACCCUAACCCGGGGGUGCCACAGACUGACACAUCAAAGGACGCGGGGAACAUUUUGGUUGUUUUCACGGUCCAAACCAGAACCAACUGUAGGUUUUUGUCAAAGAUCUAGAAAAUGCCAUUUGAAUGCUGACUAGCCAGAGCUGAGCUGAAAUGCUAACAAGUUAGCACCCUGGUCAGAUACAGUCGGUAAGGCUGCAUACGACCCCAUUACUGGGGGGAUUUUGUCUAAGAGGAAGGUGGGGGGAGGGAGGGGGGUUAAUCAUUUUGCAAUGCAGUCUGCUGAAAAUGACAGAAAGCACCACUCUACGUAGCAAAGUUGGAAUUGCCACAAAACACAUUUUAAGACAUUUUACACACUACUGCCAUCUGGCGGCUAAGGUGGAUAGUGCACCCGCCCCCAAUCUGUCACGUUUCAUGUGUCAGGUAAACCGCGACGAAUGGGGCCACAUGAAUCCCCUUCCUACUGUAGCGGCAAAUAACAAAAUGCAUGAGCAAAGUGAGCUUCAAAAGCUAACAUGCUAAUGCUAACAGUAGCAUGCUUACGGUUAGCAUUCGUGAAAUGCCAAAAUAUAUGACACUUAUCCAAAAAGCUUGAAUGCUAAUGUUAGCAUGCUAAAAUACAAAGUGUGGCAUCAAAAUAUAUCACUCUGCCAUGUUUACCUGAAAGCAUUGUUAAAAAUGCUAGCAUGGUACUGUUACCGUACGUCAAGCACCAAAAUAUGACUCUGGAGUAUACUUAUAAAAUUUGGUAAAAAUUAAAAGAGUUAGCCUACUAACGUUAGCAUGCUAACAGGUAGUAUUCGUCAAGUAACACAAUAUUUGAGGCUGAGGUUUAAACCUGCAAAAUGUACACAAGAAAAGAAGCUAACAUGCUAAUAUUAGAAUGCUAACAGUAGGGCCGCUAAAUAAUUAGCUGGGUGCCGCUAAUGGGCCCCUGGGCCGCACUUUGGACAGCCCUGCCCUGACCCUCAAGCUAACCCAACUCACAGUUCCAUUCCAUUCCGACUCUUGGGUUGAUGAUUCCAUUCACAAUCGCUUUUCGAUUCAAACUGAUUUUCCAAUAUGUCAAUCGGAAUAAAACCUUUUGAAAGCGCAGACGGUCUGAAAAAAAUAAAUAAAACAAAAAAAAAAUGAAAAUUUCACAUUUAAAACAUGAAUACAUUUAGCGCCCCUAUAAAAUACUCGGGAUGUAAAUCUUGUGACUCACGAUUCAGUCGGGUUGAUGAUUCGAUUCUCGAGUCAAACCCAUUUUUCCAUUUUUCAUUCGGUGUAAAACCUUAUCAAAGCGCAGAAAUGGACUCAAAUACCUAUUUUAAAAUGGGAUUAAUCAAAAAAAUUAAUGCAUUUUAAAUCAAUUUUAAUACAGACUUUUAUAUUUAAAAUAUGAAUCAAUUUAUAGUCAAGAAUCGGGAUUCGGAUAUAAAUGACUUUUUUCAGCACCCUUAUAAAAUAUCAGGGAUGUGAAUUUUACAACUCACGAUCUAAUCUGAUUCUGAUACUUGAGUGACGAUCCAUUUCUUCAUUUAACACCAUUCUCAAUCCUAAACAGAUUCUCGUAAUAUUUUAUUUAGUUUAUAAUUUAGAAUAAAACCUUUUCAAACCACAUUACAGGUGUUAUCAUCUCAAACGCAGCGAGAUGGCUUAGAACAGGGGUCGGCAACCCAAAAUGUUGAAAGAGCCAUAUGGGUGAGGGCGGACCUACGUCACUUCCGCCUACAAAUCCCCUAGCAACCGGGAAUUGGUUGAAAACAAACCAGCUCACAGCGAACACAGCAUUGACAGAAAAAGCAUUUAACGAGCGUUGUGGCUUGGAAGUCGGCGUUAAAUCCUUCAUUUACGCAUUUUUACUUAUUCGCAUAUCGUGUGAAAAAACGAAAAUGUAUUAUUUGCGUCAGACUCGUCUCAGUGAACUUUAAAGCUUCUCAGGCUUAGCUUAGCUUGCUAGUUAGCUUAGCCUGCGCGCUACUAAGAAAGAGACGCGGAAGUUAUCAACAACAAGAUCAAGUGUUAGUGUAUAAAAUAUUGAGAGAUUUGAGGGCUACAUGUAUUGUUUAAGUACAACUGUUCUUCGCCAGGUGUUCUUUGGCCGCCCUGGCUUACGUUUUCCCGGUGGUGUCCAUCUUAACGCUGCCUUUGGUAUCCUCUCGUUGUCCGGUUUUCGAAAAUAGCUAGCUAGGCUAUAGACUAUAUAGUAUAUACCGCAUGUUAUUUUUGUACAACAACUUCAGCUGUCGAACGUUAUAAGGUACAAAUUCAACAAGUACAACAUUAGCACGGACGGUAUAGCCAAGUUGUGGUUAAGAAGGUGGAUUUUUGUUCCUUAUAUUUACCAGAAACGAAGUGAUCCGAACACACGACCCGGGACUUUGGGGGACUCCAGUGAGAACCGUCCUCGUUUUCCCGGUGUAAAGCUGUGAGCCAUUUGUCUCGUCUCUGUGGGCUUUUAUCACGCUUUGGCAGAACAAAAUACAACCUUUGUUUUCCCUGUUUCCAGUUGUGGUUAGCACAACCAAACACAACACAGUUUUUCGGCAUUUUGGAGGCAGAAUGACGGGUUUAACCAGCGUAGGUCGACAGGUUAAAGAGUAAUGGCAACGGUUUGUUUUCAACGCCAGUCUGCUUGCUAUGGCUCGAAGAACCCGUAUGUAGCUCAGUUGCCCGGAUGUCGGCCCUCACCCAUUGGACCAAAAAUACAAAAACACAUCUGUCUGGAGCCGCAAAAAAUUCAAAGCCAUAUUACAUGUGUCAUGAGAUAUACAUUUAAUUAAGAGGACUUAAAGGAAACUAAAUGAGCUCAAAUAUAGCUACAAAUGAGGCAUAAUGAUGCAAUAUGUACAUAUCGCUAGCCUAAAUAGCAUGUUAGCAUCGAUUAGCUUGCAGUCAUGCAGUGACCAAAUAUGUCUGAUUAGCACUCCACACAAGUCAAUAACAUCAACAAAACUCACCUUUGUGCACUCACGCACAACAUUAAAAGUUUGGUGGACAAAAUGAGACAGAAAAAGGAGUGGAAUAAAACACGUCCUAGAAAGUCGGAGAAAGUUGUACAUGUAAACAAACUAUACGGUGAGUUCAAGGACCGCCAAAAUUAGUAGGACAAAACGGCGCUCGCCAAAUACUCGAAUCAGUGAAGCAUGUUUAAUAUAAACAGUGUGAUUUAUAACAAUUAGGGAGGUUUGUGUCAUGUUUAUCCUCCUACACAAACCAUACUAAAACAAAAAAAUAGAUUUUUUUUCCCCCUCAUCUUUUUCCAUUCUUCAUACAUUUUUGAAAAAUCUCCAGAGAGCCACUAGGGCGGCGCUAAAGAGCCGCAUGCGGGUUGCCGACCCCUGGCUUAGAAAAACAUAUUUUUCGAUUCUUAAAAAACUAAGUUUUUAUUUUUUAAAUUGAUUCUUGAAAUCAUGAAUUGAUUCAGAAUCAGGAUUAAUAAGAAUCUUUUUUUUAUUUUUUUUUUUAUUUUUUUUUUAGCACUCCUAUAAAAAUACUAGCAGCUCAGUUGCCGGAAUGUUAUCAUAAAAAAUAAAAAGUUGUACCAUUUUUACAUUUUACAGUAACAAUGGCAGCUCAGUCGCCACAAUUUAGAAGUAAAAAUAAAAAAUGGCACCGUUUACUGUACUAUUUACGGUAACAAACUAUAAGAGGGACUGUAAAAAAAAAUAAAAAGGCAGUUUAGUUGUAAGAAUUAGACCUUCAAAAUAACAAUGCUACCGUUUUUCAAUUUACAAUAAUUUUGUGUCAAAAAAUAUAUAUUUUACAAGAAAAUUCUAGUGACUGAGCUGCUAGUUUUUAACGAAAAAUUACAUCUUUUUUUUUUUUUUUUCCAUUGUACUUCACAAAGGGGUGACAUCAUUUCAAAACAAGCACUUCCUAAUGUGUCGCUUGUGCUAUUACCUUCCUGACACCACACGGUGGCGCUUUUGUCAAAAAAGUCGGAUUGAUUGAUUUAUUAAUUCUAUUUUUAUUGAUUUAUUUUAGCGGACAACAAACAAAGGCGCCUUCACAGUUCAGAACAAUACACCAUCCGCCCGCCAGGUGGCAGCAGCGCUCAACCAAUAAACAGGCUGAACCGGAAAGUAUGCAAAGCCGUUAUGAGAGAAUAAUAUACAGCAUAAUGAAGUGUAAUAAUCUCUUUAUUUGGAGCGAGUGCUCGUCAACAAAUUUACUAGCAUAAACAAAUACAUAAAUAGUGUUUCAAGUGGGCGGGCGUGGUAAAAACAGAAAAUAAAUUAGAAUCACUUACAAAGUAUUGCGCAAUCAAAAUACCCAGCUCCUAUUGGAAUUGGAGUACCUAAUGUUGUGGCCACUGUGAUGCGUUCAAAGGUCAUCUUACAUAGUGACAUGUCUUGUGUGCUGCGUUCAAAGGUCAUCUUACAUAGUGACAUGUCUUAUGUGCUGCGUUCAAAGGUCAUCAUACAUAGUGACAUGUCUUAUGUGCUGCGUUCAAAGGUCAUCAUACAUAGUGACAUGUCUUAUGUGCUGCGUUCAAAGGUCAUCUUACAUAGUGACAUGUCUUAUGUGCUGCGUUCAAAGGUCAUCUUACAUAGUGACAUGUCUUGUGUGCUGCGUUCAAAGGUCAUCUUACACAGUGACAUGUCUUAUGUGCUGCGUUCAAAGGUCAUCAUACAUAGUGACAUGUCUUGUGUGCUGCGUUCAAAGGUCAUCUUACACAGUGACAUGUUGACAUCAAAGUGUGGCACCUUCACAUAAUAUACACUAAUAACUACAUGUGCAUAUAUUUCUCUCAUUUUGUACUGAAAAAUGUAAAAAUUAAUGUAGUUAUUUUUUCUUUAUUUUUCUCAAGCUGCUGUGUCCCCCAUUAAAAACACACACACACACACACACACACACACACACACACACACACACACACACACAC